GCAGAUAAGUGAAAAUGGACUAGGUCUUGAUUUACACACAAGAACUGCUAAGUUGUUUAAUUAAGCCGUCCAGCCGACGAUUACGGAGGCUCAGUGGGACCCAACCUUUUCUCACACACACUGCCGCAAAACUCCUCUUUUUAGGCCUCAACAUAUCGUUGUCUCUCUUUAGAAAACACAGCACCGCUUAAAAUUCUCCCUAGAAUCCUUUCUCUUGGUCAUGGCUUCCAUGCGUGAGGGCCACUACAGAGGAGUGAGGAAGCGCCCAUGGGGCCGGUACGCGGCGGAGAUACGUGAUCCGUGGAAGAAAACCAGGGUUUGGUUGGGCACUUUUGACACUCCUGAGGAGGCUGCAAUAGCCUACGACGGCGCCGCCAGGUCACUCCGCGGUACCAAGGCGAAGACCAACUUUCCAGUUCCGCCGAUAGGUCUUCCCUUGGAUCUCAACCUUCCGUCUGAUAAUCGGUGGGUCUCUCCAUCGGGCACUCUCGUGCUAAAUGACUUUCUCCGGACUGGGGUCGUUAAAGAUGCUAGUUUCAAGGCCGGUGACAAUAGCUUAUCUCCAGUGGACAAUGGUGUUCAUGUAGCUUCCUCAUCCGGACCUCCGGUUGUGGAAGGCGACGUUCCGGCGAAAUGUUUUGGAAUUGUGAGACGUGGGUUGCCCAUUGACUUGAACGAGCCUCCACCCUUGUGGAUGUAGCUAGGUAUAUAGCAUUUUUCCGGCGAUGUUGAUGUUUUCAAGAACAAACUCUUAACAGUUUUCUUAAACUUAUGAAAAAAAUUACUACGAGGAACUUGUAUGUAUAUAUAUCUCAUCUUCAAGCUUUAUCGUUACUAAUUAUGAAGAAUUUACUCCA